AUGACAAUACGUCCAGCAACACACGCAGGCUCAUGGUACUCUAACAGGACCCAAGAAUUAUCUCAACAACUACGUACCUACCUAACCAAGAGUACAAUCAAAGGCCCGGUUCAUAAGGCCCGGAUUAUAAUAUGCCCUCAUGCCGGUUAUAGGUAUUGUGGACCCACGAUGGCCUUCUCGUACGCAUCAUUGGAUUUAAACAGUAACAUAAAAAGAAUAUUCAUACUGGGACCAUCACAUCAUAUCUAUUUUAAAAAUCAAGUACUGAUUAGUGCAUUCAGUGAACUGGAGACGCCCUUAGGUAACUUGAGAGUGGAUAGUGACUUGCGUAGAACAUUAAUACAGAAGGAGCACCCUCCCAACGGAAGGAAGCUGUUCAAGUUGAUGGACCAUGAUACUGAUAUGGCUGAACAUUCUUUAGAAAUGCAGCUACCCAUGUUGGUGGAAACUUUAAAAUGGAGAGGAAUUUCUCUAGAUGCGGUUGAAGUAGUACCUAUGAUGGUUUCUCAUAACAGUAUUGAUGUUGAUCGUUGCAUUGGUGAAAUUUUAUCAGAAUAUAUCAAGGAUCCAAGCAACUUAUUUAUUGUAAGCAGUGAUUUUUGUCAUUGGGGCCGCAGAUUCCAGUACACUGGGUACGUCGGAAGCAAAGAAGAGUUGAAUGAAGCCAUCCAAGAGGAAACAGAGGUGGAAAUGUUAACUGCUAGGAGUAAACUGUCACAUCAUCAAGUGCCUAUUUGGCAGUCUAUUGAAAUCAUGGACAGGUAUGCGAUGAAAACCCUAAGUGAUACCCCAAAUGCUGAAAGAUACGAUGCCUGGAAACAAUACUUGGAAAUCACUGGAAACACCAUAUGUGGCGAAAAACCAAUAAGUGUAGUACUAAGUGCUCUAUCCAAGAUCGGUGAGACCGGUACUUCCAAUAUUAAAUUUCAAUGGCCCAAUUAUUCACAGAGUUCUCAUGUGACAAGUAUUGACGAUAGUAGUGUCAGUUAUACUUCAGGGUAUGUUACUAUAGAAUAG